CCACAACUCCGCCAGCGCCAUAGAACGCAACGGCGGCGGAUUGGAGUUACAAAAGCACUCAUUGCUGGAUAGACAUGGAUCUCCUCACCAAAGUCAGAUCCCAAAUAGAGAAAUUGGGGCCUAGACGCUCGACAGGGAACCUUCUUCACAAGUUUCAAAUAUGCUGGGAUACGAUAAACUUUGAAGUACAGGUGGAAUCCAACCUUUCCCGAAAUGUAGAUCGAACAGAGAUACCGCAAGCAUUGCAACAAAUGCUAGAUAUCUUGGUGAAGGAGCAGAGUAUGGUAGACCGGGGUCUGCAUACGACUAACGGCUGUGCUGAAAUGUUCUUGAACAACGACAUGCUGGGUCAGUUGGUGAAACUGUCGCAAGCGGACGUUCCUUUGGGAUUCAGAGGCGAGGUCAUCCAGACGAUAUCUUCACUGAUCAGCCUGCUGGAAGGAAAGAGCUUGUUUCAUAAAUCUGUCAAUGGGGCUGCGGUGGCUUUAAUGAGGAGCGCUCUGGCGAGUCGGGAUCACAAGUAUGAGGAUGCAAUGCUCGAGUUAGAGUCCAAUAUUUCGACAAAGAUUCAUGAGCUGCCGGCACUGUUGCAUCUCUUUUUUACAAAACGACCCGUAACCUCGAACGUAUCCACCGAAGCUGUUGGCGGGCUCGUUGGUGCACGAGACGACCAGGACUCGGGACUUGACGAGGGCAGCUACGAUUUCCCACUAUUUGACCAUUUGUUGCGCUACGUGCAUAUUGAAGGACGACGUGGUGAUGUGGCACGGACGUCUUGUUUGUUCCUACUUCAACUGCAGCAGGAUGAACUGCAGGAUUGCAUAGCGAGGAGCGAUUUUGCGAUUACGGUGAUUGCCGGUAUUGGCGGACUGUUUUCCCAGUUGCCUCCCCAAUUGCCUGAUCUGAAUCCUGGGGGGCGUCAAGGGUAUGCGUUGGUGACUUUUACGAGAGAUGUCGAGUCCCUGUGUGGCCUUUUGCGCUUUGUUCAAGAUGUACUGGCAAAAUGCCCGUCACCGGAUACGUGCGAAGCCAUACUAAGAGAGUUUCGUGUGACCUUCUUGGAACAUGUCGUGCAACCACAGCUAAUGACAGCAUCGGAUUUCGAUGGGACGACCGUGGCGGUUUUAUACUAUAUUUGCAAAAUGCUUGAUGUCGUGUGGGAGGAACGAUUUUCCUCUAUAUUUGUAAGGUUCCUAUUGCAAGGUGAUGAUGUUUCUGACGAUCAGGACGCUACCGCGAUAGAUGACGUUGAAUUGCAUGUUCGCGAUGUCCUCGUUUCAAAAUUGAAUUCAUUAUCGGAAGAAGUUGUGACGCAAACAUUACGGUUUUUCCAUAGCCUCUUGACGAAACACCGAGUACAAGUCUUGGCGCUCCUUUUGGAAACCAUGUCCGAACCAAAGUUUGCGGAAUUAUCGUCCAAUUUUACUGUCGAUGCUCAUCAACAUUUGGCCGUCGUUAGGCGGUAUUUUGCUCUUAUGAAUACCGCUCAUGCGGCGGUGGACCAUGGGACUACCCUAGAAGCGUAUCUUGAAGACGCAGAAACUGCACUCUUAUCGUCCCGCAUGACGUCUCGCGCAUCCUCCCCUACAAAAGACAAGACAAAAGGAGAAUCCAUAACGAUUGAAAAUGCCGAGCUAUUAGAGCAGCUGGAUAGGCUAGGUCGCGACGCAACCCUUCAAAAAUUUAUUGGAAAGCUAUCGACUUUCUUCAGCCAUUCUAUGGAAAUCAAUCUCGCCUUAACCGGUGUCCUUUCCAAAGUGGCCGCCUCUCCCCACCCUCUCCUUAACCUGUACCUCUUCAGCAGCGACAUCCUUUUGGGACCACAACAUCCCUCCCUCUAUGUCAUCAUCACCCGUCUGCUCGCAGAGGUCUCAACGAAACGAGCUCAAUUGGGCGAAGAUGUAUUCGAUAACCGGUUGGAAAUGACACGGGCGGCAUUAUAUGAAGGUGAUUGGGUGGAAGGGGUCGGAGAGUUGGAUCUUGAAGGGGAGUUUGUAAAGAACGUUGUGGUUUUGGAGGAGUUUGUCAAGGAGUUGGUUGCUGUUUUGGUUACUAGGGGAGAAGUGAGUGCCGAAGAGGUAGCAUUCGUAUAGCUAGACCUUAUGGCAGAUGUACAUGUUUGUUUUUGUUUGUACCACAUUAGUCUGAAACUUUUGUAUAUAGUUGAAAGUGUUGAUGUUAGGUAGACUGCCGGUAUCGGAAUAGAUGCGAAUUCAAAUUGCGGAUUAACGAGAUGAUCUUUGU